AACUUACUUACUAAAUUGACUUUGAUAGGUAAACAUUUAGAAGUAAAUUUGAAUUAAAAGCAUUUGAAGUCUACACAAAUGGAGCGAAGGUCCUUCGAGUAUAUAGUGAUAGGUUGCGGAGGUAUAGGAAGCGCAGCGUUAUACUGGCUGUCUAAAAGAGUCGGCGCAGGCGUUCUUGGUAUAGAGCAAUUUGAAAUAGGGCACAGCAAUGGUGGAUCGCAAGACCAUUCAAGAAUCAUUCGAACAGCUUACCACGAUGAAAUGUACACAAAAAUUGUCGCCGAUACAUACACAGCUUUUGAGGAGGCCGAGAAGGAGUCUGGAGUAAAGCUUGUACAUAAGUGUGGAGGAUUGUUGAUAGCAAAGAAAGGAGAGACGGACGAUGUUGCGACUAAGUAUGCAAACGCAAUGGCCUCCCAGGACCUUCCUUUCGAAUGGUUGCCGGGCAACAAAUUAAAAGAAAAAUUUCCACAGUUUGAGCACACUGAAAAUCAUGUAGCUGUUUAUGAAAAGGAUGGAGGACUUGUUGAUGCUGCGAUGGCCAAUGCAGUUCAUAUACAAUUAGCGAAAGGAAAUGGAGCGGCUGUAAUUGAACAUUGUCCCGUAAAUAGGUUAACAAAACAAACCAACGGACAGACCACGGUCCAUACCACUAAAGGUAACUUCACAUGUAAGAAGGUCAUAGUAACGGCUGGGGCGUGGCUUAAUCAAGUGCUAGGGUCGAUUGGCGUUCAUAUUCCAGUUUAUGUCACACAGGAGCAGGUCACAUAUCUUGGCACGCCACAUGUGAAAGAUUUUGUCAAGGAAAAAUUUCCUAUUUUCAUUUACCAUUCAAAAGAUCAUGAUAUGUACGCAUUACCUCUUCAUGGGAACACGGGAUUUAAAAUUGGUAUCGAUGCAGGAGGUCCUGUAGUCACAGCGGGUACAAGGAACUUUACGCCGGACCCAGUCAGAGAGAAAAAAUGCCUAGACUUCAUCCAAAAAAUUUUGCCAAAGGCUUUGGGACCAAUUCUGUACACUAAGACAUGCCUAUACACGAUGACGCCUGAUCGAAAUUUUGUAAUUGACACGUGUCACAGACAGGGUCAUGAAAACGUCAUUAUUUGCAACGGAGCAGGCCAUGCUUUCAAAUGGAGUGCACUUUUAGGAAAGAUACUUAGUGAGAUGGCGAUUGACGGUAGAACACAAUACGACAUUGCAGCGUUCACAAUGGACCGAGACGCAAUCAGUAAUCCCAACUACAAAACAACAAUAUUUGAAGGUGGCAGUUUAUCCGGAGGCAAAGACCAUGCAAAUGACAGCAAAUCAAAACUUUAAAACCACACACACACAUGUUAAAAAACUUGUCCUCCGACGGAAAGCUUGUACAGUUGAAUCAAAACAAGAUUUUGUUAUUCAAAUUAGUUUUAUUUUGUGUUAAACUUAUAUUACUCCUUGGUAGUAUCUACUAACAGUCAUGGAGGGUGAUCAAAUGGCAUAUGUUAACAGUAAAAUUCGAUCACAUCUAAUAGUAUUUGCUAAAAUUUCGUUAUAUUUCAAAAUUUGAAAAAUGAAUAAAAAUUAUACCAUGUCCGAGGUAAAUAUUUGCUGAUUCCAAUGGUAUAUGUACAUAAGCGAACAAUGAAUUAAAUUAAAGCUAUAAUAUAUAUUGUUUUCUUUUUUAUUUUGUAUUAUACAGGAACGAUAUUAUUGUUUUUGUUUUUUUUACUUUGUUCAGUUUUGUAUUAAACAAAAUGAGCCAUCAAUGUAAAUAAAGAGUUUGUGUUUUCUGUA